AUGGCCUCACGCAGCCUCACACUCUCGAUAUGCCAAUCAUGUCUCCGAAGCGCACUGAAAACACGGCCGAGGACAGGCUUCGCACAGCUGCGACUGCUCUCCCACUCAGCACCAGAAGAGCAGCGACGAGUGGUACGAGGAGGCCAGUCCAAGCUGAACCUCCAGUCUCUGCGCGCCUCGUUCUCGACCUCCGCGCCGGCCAGAAAUGCUGCAAACUCUACUCCUCCUCCACCCGCGGGCGCCAGCGGCGCCAGCAAACCAAUCGUGCUUGAACAGCCAGAUAAAUUCCGUCCACCAUCACAUCCACAACGCCUCGGCCGUCGAAGACCCCAGCCAGCAGCAUAUAACCAAGGCACGACACACUCUGAACGAGAACAGCAGCGGACAAGAUCGUACCCGCACAUGUUCCCCAACAAGGGAACGUUCAUGCAUUGGUUCCUGACCAACCGUGCGAUUCACAUGUACAUUACGAUCGGCACACUGGUGAUCCUAGCAAGCAUCUCCCUGACGGUGACAUUCAUGAAAACCUCACCAUUCGCGCAUCUCAUCCCACCCAUCUCGAGCCUGGUCUUCCACCCGAUCACGUACAUCCGCGAAGGCCUGUCCGUGCUACGCCUGCACGUGGAAUACACGUCGCAGCAGACGGAAGCGUCGCGGCAGAAGAAAAUCCUCGAUGCACAGAAACGCCGCCUGUAUCGGCGCGCACACGGCAUGGAGGAUCUGAAUGCCGAGGAGGAGGAGGGCAUCGAUGUGCGCGGCCUCGUGCCGUGGGAUGAUGGACUGACGAACAAUGAGCGCGCGAGUGGCGGGAGGGAUGCGUCGCUGAUCCGGACUGAUCCAUGGGCUUUGAAACCCGUUAAUGGCCCGUUGGGUGCUGAUGGGAAGCCAGUCGAGGCCGCCGCCGCCGCCGCAGUCGUUGGCGAUACCGCCGUUGGAGGUGAUGCUCCGGCUGAGGUCGAAGAUGUCACGCCCCAGCAGCCGCAGCAGCAGAGGAAGCGGAAGCUGUAUUUCGGAAUAUGGUAG